AUGGCGUAUCAGAAUUCCGGCAUGCUCACAAGAGAUCAACUGCUUCAUCUCUUUGAUCGAUUCGCCUCCCUCACCUCGCAACCUGAGGUGAAGCAACGUAUUUCUGAUGCCGUCAACGACAGGCAGGAAGCUGUAGCAGUAACAACUGCAAUCCAAGAAGAGAUAUUUUCAGAGAUGGGAGUUGAUCCACAAUUCGGUUUGGCGUGCUUGGGAAAAGUAAACAUGUCUUAUGAGAACGACCAAGAUUUGAUGAUUCGAUUUUAUGCUUUUGUAGCACAAGAGGAGAUAGCAUGUGACGAAGCAGAGCUUGGGCCAGAAAAAGUUGCAGAAAAAAUGGAAAUGCAGCAGUAUUUAGAGGAACAGCAAUUGGAGAUGCUGAAGCAUAUGCGCCACUUCAACAUGGAUGAUCAGUCUACAAUCAUCGAGAAGAUCCACCAACAGAUGGAGAACACGAACUUUCAACCCGAGGCAUCACUUUUGUCGGUCCAACAAAUCCAGGAUAUUGUGAGAAGAAGGGUCUCGCCCGUCUUCCAGUCAAUUUAG